CCGGCCUCCAUAGAGUUGUAACCGAAGCGGACCAAUAGAAACGCCGAAUUCCGUGGUUCCUGAUAAGCUCCACCCCUUAACUCUAGUUGCGCGGCGGAAGAAUACAAAAAGUGGAUUGUGGGUGGGGCGAGGAGAGGAAGCGGAAGCGCUGGUCCAGAAUCGGCUACUGGCGUAGGCCUCAGCCCCACGUGUACGGCUGGGAGUUUGGAAAUUGGCGGAAGCCCGGCGGGGAGAGCAAAGAUAGACUUCUCUUCAGAUCACCUGGCCUGGAGUCUUGAGUUAGACUGAAGUAGCUUCUCUCUGAGAUCCAGAUCUGAGCUAGUUCGGGGCCGUCCGCCUGUGCUCUUGUUUGACAGACACAUCCACUUUGCAUCCAGUCAGUGUAAGGAGCUGAGGUUGCAUCCCAAAGAUAACGUUGCUGGUCGUGAGCGCUGGGAAAGAAACGAACUCCCGUCUAGUAGCUGUCUGGCACAUGAUCUAUAUGUAUUCAAUAAAUUUUGAUAGCGCAUUACAGAACCAUCCACGGAUAAUCUUAAGCCCAAAGUGUUAAAUUUUGAAAAGUCCAUUAAAAGUGUGCCAUUGGAAUAAAAAAGAGAAUAACGUGGGAAAGAGGGAAGACAUAUGGAAGGGAAAUGUUGCUGUGAUGGAAGUCAAAGGGAAAAAAAAGUUCACAGGAAGGAGUACAAAGGUGUCACAAGAAAAAAACAACUUUCAGAAAAACAGAGAUUCUAGUUUUUCAAAGACGUUCCCCAAGAAAGUUAAGGAGGGAGGACCUAAAGUUCCAUCUAAGAAGUUUGAGAAAAGUGCCAUGAAACCUGGGAAAAGGGGUGUGAAACAGUUCAAGAAUAAGCAACAAGGGGACAAAGGACUGAAGAACAAAUUCCAGCAGGCAAAUAAAUUCAACAAGAAGAGAAAAUUCCACCCAGACAGUAAAAGUGAUGAAUCAGCAUCCAAGAAACCUAAAUGGGAUGACUUCAAAAAGAAGAAGAAAGAACUAAAGCAGAGCAGACAGCUCAGUGACAAAACCAACUAUGACAUUGUUGUUCGAGCAAAACAGAUUUGGGAGAUCUUAAGAAGAAAAGAUUGUGACAAAGAAAAACGAGUGAAGUUGAUGAGUGACUUGCAGAAGCUGAUUCAAGGGAAAAUUAAAACUAUUGCAUUUGCACAUGAUUCAACUCGAGUGAUCCAGUGUUAUAUUCAGUAUGGUAAUGAAGAACAGAGAAAACAGGCUUUUGAAGAAUUGCGAGAUGAUUUGGUUGAAUUAAGUAAAGCCAAGUAUUCCAGAAAUAUUGUUAAGAAAUUUCUCAUGUAUGGAAGUAAACCACAGAUUGCAGAGAUAAUCAAAAGUUUUAAAGGCCAUGUGAAGAAGAUGCUGCGGCACGCAGAGGCUUCGGCCAUUGUGGAGUACGCGUAUAACGACAAAGCCAUUUUGGAGCAGAGGAACAUGCUGACUGAGGAGCUCUAUGGGAACACAUUUCAGCUUUACAAGUCUGCAGAACACCCAACUCUGGACAAAGUGUUAGAGGUACAGCCAGAAAAAUUGGAGCUUAUUAUGGAUGAAAUGAAACAGAUUUUAACUCCAAUGGCUCAAAAGGAAGCUGUGAUUAAGCACUCAUUAGUCCAUAAAGUAUUCUUGGAUUUUUUUACCUAUGCAACACCAAAACUCAGAUCAGAAUUGAUUGAAGCCAUCCGUGAGGCGGUGGUGUACCUGGCACACACACAUGAUGGAGCCAGAGUGGCCAUGCACUGCUUGUGGCAUGGCACGCCCAAGGACAGAAAAGUAAUUGUGAAAACAAUGAAGACUUACGUUGAAAAAGUGGCUAAUGGCCAAUACUCUCAUUUGGUUUUAUUGGCGGCAUUUGAUUGUAUUGAUGAUACUAAGCUUGUGAAGCAGAUAAUCAUAUCAGAAAUUAUCAGUUCCUUGUCUAACGUAGUAAAUGACAAAUACGGAAGGAAAGUCUUGUUGUACUUACUGAGUCCAAGAGAUCCUGCACAUACGGUUCGAGAAAUCAUUGAGGUUCUGCAAAAAGGAGAUGGAAACUCACACAGUAAGAAAGAUACAGCGAUCCGCCGUCAUGAACUCUUAGAAUCUAUUUCUCCAGCCUUGUUAAACUACCUACAAAGGAAUGCCCAAGAGAUGGUGCUAGAUAAGUCUGCGUGUGUGUUGGUGUCAGACAUUCUAGGAUCCGCCACUGGAGACACUCAGCCUGCCAUGGAUGCCAUCGCCAGCUUGGCGGCAGCAGAACUACACCCUGGUGGCAAGGAUGGAAAGCUUCAUGUUGCAGAACAUCCCGCGGGACAUCUAGUUCUGAAGUGGUUAAUAGAACAAGAUGAAAAGAUGAAAGAAAAUGGAAGAGAAGGUUGUUUUGCAAAAACACUUGUAGAGCAUGUUGGUAUGAAGAACCUGAAGUCAUGGGCUAGUGUGAAUCGGGGUGCUAUUAUUCUUUCCAGCCUUCUGCAGAGUACUGACCAAGAAGUUGCAAAUAAAGUCAAAGUGGGACUGAAAAGCUUGAUUCCUACAUUGGAAAAAAACAAAAACACCAGCAAAGGAAUAGAAACUCUGCUUGAAAAACUGGCUGCAUAGGUGGAAACAGUUAAGAACGGAAUGGAAUCAUUUUUCCCAUUCUCUGUACUGUUUCCCCACUGCAGAAAAGAAGGGUGAGGGUCCAGCUCAUUGGUAAUUUGGGAGCUCUGUACAUGUGUUUCUUCUUUUCAUAAGAAUCUAUUUAUAUAAAAUUGUUUCUAAAAUGGUGGGUUUUUUUUAA